AUGCUGAUUCCGUCGAACAAUGCGUUCUUCGUGAGCCCGACAAGAGCCGCAACGGCGAUGAACGCCUCGUUGCUCCAGCAGUAUUCUCCUGUUUUCCACCACCAAGGGGUCGUGAAGCCGCAGCCGACGCAGUUGCCACAGACGCAUCACGUAAGGCUCGAUUUAAUUAAAACAUCCGCUUGCAAAGUGCCUGAGUUUAACGAGAGACAGGCCUCUCAAAAUUGUCCCUCGAGAAUGUGUCUUUACCGCUUUCAACCGUUGGAGCUUUUUUGAAGCCUGAAUCACUGACGUCACUCUUGUUUCAUCUCCAAAAUCUCAUAUUUACUGCGCUGUUUGCGUUUAUCCAAGAUAGUCUUCAAGCAAACUGUUUUAAGUAUUCAAAUUGCAGAAAACCGCAGUUUCGUGUGAAAUAUCCCUUCUUCUCCUGGUUUUUAAAUUAUUGUCUCUUUUUUUCUAUAACCAAACAUUAAAGAUUUAUUUAAAUAUGAACGAGUGAAAACAAAUCUUACGAUCCGAUGACUCCUUCACUUUUUUUUUUUCAAAAACGACUCAACAAAAUAUUCAAAACUUCCAAUGUUCCUUUUUUGGAUCUUUAUUACUUGUUAUCUUAAGUUCGUUUCUAUUUUCUUGUGGAAAGUUUUGAUGUAGUUAUUGGAAUUUUGCAUAAUAUGCUUGUUAAAGCCUUAGAUAGUUUCCAUUAUCACAGUUUUCUCAAACUUUGGCAGUUGUCCAACAACUUAAAGAUCUAUUGAGCACCUUUUUUUUUGGGAAUAAUCAUACUUUGUGAAACGUUUUUGAUUGGACAGCGGAAUCAGUCUCAUAAAAAACGUAGGGAACAUUUGGAAGCUCAUCAUUUGACUGGCUGCCUUUCGCGUUUCUUCGCAUUCGGAGUCGGCCACUUUGAAAACAAGAGACUUGUGAAUAAUUCAUGCUUGAUCUCGUUUGAGCUGCCAUCCGUCCUGUUUUGAAAGCGAUCGUACGUGACGCCCUACUGUGAGGGUCUCUUGUUUUGUUGCCUGAAUGCGCGACCCCAUGGCGCGGCAGGACGUGAUUGAUCGGCGAAAAGGUGCACCGGGAGCGGUGACAUGCUUCUACACUCACGCUCACGGAUCCACCGCUCACACUCCGUGUGAACUUAUUUUUUGUGCCUAUGAAAGAAGAAAUUCAGAGAAAAAUAAUAUUCUGAGGCCUCGCUCUAUUCCCGGGGCUGACAAAGACUCUGUCAUCAAAAUUUCUAAUUUUUCCAAAAAUUUUUUCAAGUUCUUUCGAAGCUUCUAAUGAAAGUUUUCCAUAGUUGCUACGUUUAUUGACUUCGAGAAUAUCCUCUCCAGCCUUUCUGUAGACGAAGUAAUUGAGAUCUGCAGUAAUAAUAAAGAAAUUAACUAGACUGUCCUGAUUUUUGGAGGACUUGCUCUUUUCGCGACCUUCUUGAUUGAAAACAGUUACGAAAACCGACCGAUAGUUCUUCCAUAAUCCCAUAAUAUGAAGGAAUAAUUGCUCUAAAGACUGAAUAAAUGUUUAAUUUCACAUAAUAUAGAAAGCUCAAGAUCUUUUAAAUUUCCGAAUCUAUGUAAAAUCGCUCCUUUCAUGUCGUUAUUGAAAACUUCAUCAAAACUUUCAUUGACAAUUUUACAAAAAUUCCUAAUUCAGAAUAUGCAAGCCCUCUACCAAUUGGCGGGCGCUUCGGCUCAGUCGUUCCACGGACAGCCGCUGCAGCUGAGCCAGCUCGUCCAAGGCGGAAUGCCGCCGCUUCUGCAGCAACUUCAGGCCGCCCAACAGCAGCAGCAGCUCGCAGCUGUCUCCGCAGGUUCGUUCCGAGUUGGAUAACGAGUUUCCCCUGUCGUCGUUUGUAGAGUGUGAUUUUUCUUGUAAGCUAUCCGUUCUCGGAAGUUGUGAAAUAUACUUUACUAAGAGAUGUGGAAAGAUUUUUUUUAUUUUAGAAAAAAAUCAGAGAGAGUAUGAAAUUGAGAUCAAAAAGUAAUAAUUUAGAAUUUACUGUGACUUAUCAGAGAUUUACUUCAUUAUCUGAUUUUUUUAAUUUGAAAUUUUUCAAAGACAGAAAACUUUUUGGAUUGGAAUUAGAGUACAUAACAGCCAAAAUCCAGCAUAGUAACACCUUUUUGAAUUUUUUUUUGUUCUUGUGAAGGUUCCAAAAAUUUUUCCGAUUUUUUUAAUCUUCAAAAAUUUUCGAACAGUUCGAUCAUCAUAUUGAAAUCUUAAAAGAUAAGUUCCGAAGGCUAUAAAAGCCUCAAGGUUGGCGAUUAUUGAUUUCGGCCCAUUGGAUCAAAUGGUAGCGUUUUCCUGCUGAAAAUGUGGAACAACACGCGAAAACCGCUUUGGGUUGGCUUCUAUAGGAGGAGGCCGUCUGGAGGGGAAAACGAUGCAAAUGAGGAAAAUUCGUCAAUUUCUGUUCUCAAGCACUGCAAGCCACCUGUUUUUGCCUCGUUUUUUCCUGUUUUCGUCGUUUUUUUUGUCUGGCCAGGUCUUUUUUCACCAAAAAAAGUUUGAGUUCGAAGGAUGGUUUAUUAUUGCCCCAAGUCAAAAAGGAUGAAACAAUUCGUUAUCAAUCAGGUGUUUCCGUUGUAGACAGGAAAUUGUCAAAAGGCAUGAUACGAGCAGCUUACAGUAAUCUAAGUUAAUUUGAACGUUGAGACGCGGUUUGAAGGCAAAAAAAAAUGUGGCCGCUCAGAUUUCCGCCUUUUUUCUCUCAAAAGAGCGCCAUGUGUGCCGUGCCCGACCGUUCCAAUUUGCUUUUGACGGCCCCACGUGUGUGCGGAGCACGGCGCAACUGUGGGAACAUUUCGCAGCGCUCCGAAAUAUUCGAGUUUCUGAGAAUUCACUGGAAAAGAUUGCCCGAUUUGUAGGCCAGACAGCAGGCAGGAAAUAUUUGUACCCAGCUUCAAAAUGAAAUUGAAUUCUAAGAAACCCUCCAGUGUCACAAUUCGCAACACUAUUCUAAAUCUAGUUCUCAAGAGCAGGAACUACAGAAAAAUAGUGUUUGAAAAGUGAACAAGGAAAAUUGCUCUAAACUUUGAUAGAAACUAAUGGUUUUUGCUGCUUUUGACAUCUUUUCUUAUCAAACAAAGCCAAAUCAAAAUUUAAGUAAACAAGUUUUUUUCUUAAUUUUCCUUCAACUUUACCAUAAAAAAAAAGUUUAUUUCAGACAGGUCUUUGUAUUAGGAAAAAAUUGUAUUGAAACAGACCCUAAGCUAAAAACGUGGGAAUAUUUAUGAAUAAUCGUUAGGAAACUUAUAAAGGUGUGAGAAUAAGUGCAGCGCUAGCGGCAACAUGAAAAGUGAAGCGAGGCAGGUAAAGGUGUCUGAGUGUUCCGAUAGGACUCUUCCAGGCCGGUUGCCCUUAUCUUCCGAUCACAAAUGUGUAAGAUCUGAAAUUUCGCGCGCCGUUUUGGUAGAUUUGCCUCACGAUUAAGUCGACCAGACUGCACCGCCGCUUGGAACAGCCGCCCUUGACGUUUCCGUCCUUUUUCAAGGUUAUUUCUUGACUCGAGGUUUCGCGAGGGCCUUUAAAAGUAUGGCCUUUGAACUGAUUUUCGUGUGAGGUUUGUUGAUCCAAUCAGCAAAAAAACGGAUAUAGUUCUCUUAAUUCAGACUCAAAAAAGAACAGCAAUCCUUUUCAAGAGUUUUCUCGUAAAAAUCUAGGAAGACCGCAAAAAAAGAAUAUCAAAGACCUCCGUAUCACUGGAGCUUCUUAUCCCAUUAGGAAAGCUCCCAAACAAAAUUCGUUCUUCUCUUUCAAACAAGUUCUCCUGUUCUGAAAGCCGCUGAAACUAAACUUAAGGGGAAAAACAAAGAAAAAGCGCCGAUUUUUUCAAAAUUAUUUCUUUCAGGCUUUUGGCUCAAAGUUUUCGAAGUUUGAAAAAGUUCCAUAGAGAACCAAAGCAGAAGUCUAUAAUUCCAUUAAAGUUUUCUACAGUAUCGCUAUUACUCUUUGUACUUUCUUGUAAUUUUUUCCCCUUCCAAGUAGAUUGGUCGAUUUAAAUUUUUCUCUGUAUAGCGAAUAGAUCUCCCCUAAUUAUUUCACUAAACAGGAUGAGACCUAAAACGGCGACUGGGAAAAAAACUCGUAUCGAAAGCGUUGUUUUUGGUGGACGGCGCCACGAGAUCGUGUUCUAAUGAGGAUCGAGUUACAGCGAACCUGCAAUCUUCGCAGCAAAUGAUGAUCGCGGCGGCCUCGGGCAUCGCCUUGGGCAACCAGCUGGACAGUCAAGCCGUCGAGACGAAUAAAGUCAAGGUUUGUGACCCAUUCGACCUUUUACGACGGUUGUAGCCGUUCUUUUUCUCCUUUCCGACCAUCUGCCUACUUUUUUACGUUUUUGUAAAAAGAAAGGUAGGUCGCCAAUGAGGGAGCUCUUGACAAUAUAAGUAUAUGGUUUCCUACACUAAAAACGAAAAAAUACAUAAAUUUUCGGGUGAAGACGCUUCCCAAAUUAGUUGCCCCUACCUCUCUAUGGCUGCUUCUCUCACGGCUGCGCUCAUUUUGAGAAGCUUCAAAGCACCAAAAUAGUUGUUUCCUCUCAAUUUAUUUUCAUCUUUCGGGAAAACUUGAUCGAGAAAUCCAAUGUGAAAAUUUUGCAUCCAUAAUCAGAGUAGUUGCUCAUACUUUCUCAGUUAUAGUAAUUCCAGUUUUUUGGUGUUAACUGUUCGAUUCAGCUACUAAUUGCACACAGAUUGCUUUCAAACGAUUUUCGCACAUUUUCAACUUUUAUCGACUUUUUUUCAAAAUGUUCGAUUUGAAACUUUGGUACGACUAGGAUGGUGUGUGAAGUGUGAAUCAAAUGAGAAAUGCGGACUUCGGAAGGAUAACAGACUCAAAUGAGUUCCCUUAAGAACAACUAGUCUAUUCUCUAUGCAUUAUAUAAUAGCAAGGUAGUUCAUACCUGAGAGAUUAAUUUUUUACCUGGUUUUUUUUUUGAAGCAACUCUGAGUUCUUAAAUUAAGCGAAACGGUUAUUGACAGAAUGAUUUGUGAGUUUCUUCGUCGAAGUUCAUUAUUUCUGAUACAUUUUGUUGAAAACAAAAUUCAAUGAGAAAGCAUUUUUACAUAACUAAAGUCGCUUGAAAAAAAGCCCAAGUCAACCAUUUCCUGAAGUAUUGAUUAUUAAUUCGAUGUGCACCUCACACACCUUUUUAGGGAGAGUUACUGGGUUUUUUAUAUUUUGCACAUCCAUGUGUAGUUUAAAAUCAAACCGGAAAUUGUUUGAGAGUGCAUUCUGUGUCGUCCUACCGCUCUAGAUGAUUUUUUCGAGACAAAGGUAGAAGCGCCGCAUGUUUGAACCAAUAGUAACAUUUUUCAUCUCGGCGAAGCUGUCCUCCAAAGUGCCAACUAAUUUUGCUGCUUUUUCUCUCUUAACGAACUUGCGUUCGUAUUUGGUUUGUACUUUCCACGGGAAGCCCGUUUUAUGUUUAGAAAAAGAGUAAUUAAGCUUUUAUUUUUCACCUUUUUUUCACCCUCUUUUGAUUCACGUUUGUCUCUGAACAUGGUCCUUUUCAUUUGCUUAAUUUCAUUGGGCAGUCAAUGUUUGGGUAUGGGGUUUGACUUGUCAUCAGGAAUGGUGGGCAAUGACACGUGUGCUGCAUCUCUCAAAAUGCUCUAAUUUUUUGAAAAAGAGAUCGUAAAACUUGUAUUUUUUUUUUGGAGCUGUGUUAACUCACAAGGUGAUAGAGUUUCAAUGUCAGUUUUUUUCUCACUCGGCUUCAGAAAGAUUUUCCGACCAUAACAUGCUCUGAACUCACCAUGAGAACACUGAACCCUUCCACGUACACAUCGCAGUUUUUCACGUUGUCUCCAAAUCUCAAAUUAAAAUAAAUUUUGCCAUCAUACAUAUACGAUAACUGUUUUGGCCGCUCGAUGCUGGAAAAAUUUAUUUAACGAAGACCCCUCUGAAAAUUUCGAAAAAUUUAAUUUCUUCUGGAAUAAUUUGUAGGAAAAAGAUUGAAAGAACUUCGGGAUGAUGCCCUGUGUAUCAGCUUCAAAAAUGACAUUUUGAAUUCCCUCGGCUUCAAUUUUUUUUUUCACAGACCACCGUGGCACUUUUCAAGUUCAAGUUCGAAAUUGUUCAAAAUUAUCGAGUUCAGCUCAUGGUUUUGUAAAUCGAGUUCUAGUUUUCCAUAUACAUCGAAAACUUAUGUAACUCUUUUUUUUUUCAGCUGAGAAAGCCUUGAAAACUUGUUGAACUUACUUUUUGAUUUUGAUAAAUCUGAAAUUGAUCAAAAAAGUCAAUGUAGCCUUGUAGAACAACUGAAAUGAGCCUUUUGAGAGAUGUGUGCACGUUUUUUUUUGUGAAGGAGCAUGAGAGCCUUAUUCUCUAAGGCGCAUGCGAGUAUGAGCGCUUUUCGUUUUACAGGAGGAACAUCAGGCUGAGUACGACCUGCAGCUGUCGAUCCAACAGCAACUGGCGGCUAACGCUGCGGCGGCCGCCGCAGCCAAUGGCCUCAGCGCCCAGAUGUCCGCUGCUGGUCCGCAGCAACCGCAGCAGACGGUGCAGCCCACGCAACCCGAUCCGAGCACUAGUUGUAAGCCUUGCCUCCUUUUCUUCCAAAGCAAAACAGUCUCGCAAACGAGCAACUUUCUUCAGUUCAGUUUUUUUUCGGACGGAUUCUCCAAUUUUUUCGUGCUGUUUUAAUGCAUGCCAGACGAUGCAAGAGCAGUUUAUCAUUAACCUUUACUAUGGGCGGAGUUAUAAGUGAUUUUGAGAUUCGAUUUGAAAUUUUUCAUAACUAUUAUUGAACAGUAAUACCAGGUAGGACAUAAAUGAAAUGAAACUUUCCAUUGAUAUGCAUUGAAAAAAUUUCUGUUGAAGAUCGAAAAAUUUUACAAGAUAGGGGCGAAUGGAAACAAUUCGAGAUUUGCUGAAAGUAUUCUAGCAUAAAGUAACAUUUUUUUUUAAUUUUUGAGUCGAUUUUUUUGGCAUUUCAGACAUGCCGCAAAGUCACUUCUCUGCAUUUAGAUGUUAGAGCUCGAAUUCAAAAGAAAUCGCAAAAAUUAAUUACGAUCACAAUCAAAAAUAGUUGAAAUACGUGCCCAUGUGCUUCAAUAUUUUCCAUUCUCAAAUCAAAAGUGAUUUUUAAAAGAAAGUUCGAUAAGGUCAGUCUCAAAAUCGCUUUUUGGGAUGGACAACUCUACAGGUGCUUCAAACGUGCAGAGAUGUCUUGUUUAAAUAUACUUAUGAUUACUGUACUAAACAUAACGUUGUCCAUCCUUGUCCUGCCAAUCGCAGAGUUAAGAGUACCACCCGCAUCGAACGUUGACCUAAUCGAUUGUCGAUUUAUUUGUGUUGCUUGUGUGAACGAAUUACCCACGGUCAGAACUGCUUCGUUUUUGAUUUUAUUUUGCAGUUUUCAGAUCCAUUUUCUGAUUCGUGUCGUGAAAAAUAAGAACCGAAAAAGCUAGCAAAAGUUAGAAUUGUAUUUAUUGGGUUUUAGACUGACGUCAAAACUUCUUAUAAAAUGCAUCAGAGAUGUGAAAUUGACGAGAAUCGCAAAAAAAUAAACCUUAGAUUUUGAUGGCGCAUCGUUUAAUCUUCUAGGCGGCCCGGACUCAGCACCAAAACGUCUUCACGUUUCAAACAUUCCUUUCCGUUUUCGAGAUCCCGACUUGAAAACAAUGUUUGAAAAGUUUGGACCAGUCACGGAUGUUGAAAUAAUUUUCAAUGAACGGGGUAGCAAGGUUAGUUUUUAAAACUAGGUGAAGGACUGAUCAUUUUUUCGUGCAGGGUUUUGGAUUUGUCACAAUGGAGCGACCUGCCGACGCCGAAAAAGCUCGUCAAGAGCUUCAUGGUUCGAUGGUUGAAGGAAGAAAAGUCGAAGUGAAUUGUGCGACGGCACGAAUUCAUUCCAAAAAAGCAAAAACAACCCCAGGUGAGUUGAAAUUUGAACGGUACACGUGUUUGAAGUGUAUUUCAUAUCAGGAAAUUAGAAUUUAGAUGAUCACUGUUUAUUUCCAAAAAAGGUUCUUUGAUGAUUUAUGGAAUAUACCCUACGCCGCUUAUAAAAUCGGAAAAGAUUGUUUUUUAAAACCUAUGCCUAUCCUCAAAUCAUCCUUCAAAAAAUUCUAAACCCUUUUCUGAAGUACAUCUAACCACUCACGUGACUUCGAACGCAAUUUCAAAUGUUUGCAGGCGUUCUGGAGCAGCUGAAUCCUCUGGUAGCCCAAACAGCCUUAGCUGCUCAAGCUCAAGUGAAUCGCGCUUUUCUGAUGCGCAAUCCUCUGGUCACGCAAUCACUACUCCAACGCGGAAGCUUGCUGUCUGGACUGCAGCCGGCAGCCUUCUCUUUGGGAGCCCUGAAUCCUCUGGCUCAACUCCAAGGACAGCCCUUCUUGCUCAACCAGGCGAUGCAGACGACGCCGGUGGCCGCGGCAACUGCUGGCCUGCCUCAGGCCUAUCAACUCGAUCAAGCAACUCUCCAGGCUCUGAUGCAUGAACAGGCUCGCAUCCAAAUGGCUGCAGCAGCCGCUUCACAAGGUAUUCCAAUCAGUUCUUGCGACUUAUCUUCUGAGUUUUCUUUGCAGUUUCGAAUAACGUCCGAAAUCAAACAGCCGCGGCAAGCACAGGUACUUUAGGAGAGCAGUACUUGGGACAAGCUUUGACCGCUGCCAUGCCGGCCCUUCAACUCAACCAGGCCUACCGCACCAUCAACCGGUUCACGCCGUAUUAA